AUGCAUACUCGCAGAACCAGAAGCAACAAGCUGGAAGAGCUACUCAAUCUCACUAAUCAAGAGCUAGCACACUUAGAGCGUACAAACAGAAAAGCCAAGAAGCCAGUCGAGAUGGUCAAUCACAUAGUCUUGAUUCGCGGUGAAGAUGGGCUUCUGUUUGAUCCAGAAGGGAACCGGUACAAUGAGCAAGGGCAGAAACUCGAUGCUGCUGGGAAUGUGAUCCCAGAACCAGCUGUAGAUCCAGCUGCUCCUAACCCACCCCCCCCCAACCCCAGCCUGCUCUUUUCAGCCGGCACUACCCAAUGA